CAUUCGUCAAGCACUCUGUCUUAUAAGGGCACCUGUCUGCUACUGCAUGAAGUACUUCAACAAGUUUCCACAUAGCCCAAGGUGAAGAGCUUCUAUCCUCUUUAGAUUCCGAAAAUACAUUGAAGCAACCCAAGCAGUGGUAGACAGGUGUACACACCAGACAGCUUGUUCUAGAAUUAGUGUGCCACCUUUUCCAUGCCCCGCGUGUCGAGCUCCACAACCUCAACCACGACAUCGUCUCAGAACUGCUGCUAUAUAAAGGAAUAGGGCAGGUAUGGUUUACUACUUCACGAGCAACACGGUGUCUCCAGCUGCCUUCAUUUACGUUGGCAAGGAUAAGGUUGAAAACGAAGAAUUGAUCAAAUACGGACUAGAUGAGGAUGUCUGGUUCCAUGUCGACAAUCUUUCCAGCGCUCACGUAUACGUUCGAAUGAAUGAGGGAGACUCAUGGGAUUCGAUACCGUCAGAUCUUCUCACAGACUGUGCACAGCUGACGAAGGCAAAUUCCAUUGAAGGCAACAAGAAGGAUAACAUCACUGUUAUCUACACUCCAUGGUCCAAUCUCAAGAAAGAUGGCAGUAUGGCAGUUGGCCAAGUGAGCUUCAAGGACCAGCGCAAGGUCAAGAAGAUCCACGUUGCUCAACGAGAAAACGCUAUCGUGAAUCGUCUCAACAAGACAAAGAUCGAGAAGUUCCCCGACCUUCGACAAGAGAAGGAAACGCGACAGAAGGAGUUGAGGCGCCGCGACAAAGCUACUCAGCUUGCCAGGCAAAAGGAGGAGGCUAGAGUAGCCAAGGAGCGGAAGGAGAAGGCCUGGCAGAGGGAUCAUGCCUACGACGAUCUGCUUUCUGAAGACGCGGUCGCAUCCUCGAGCAACCAAGACCGAGAUGCGGACUUCGAAGACGACUUCAUGUGA